CUGCUGAAGAGAUCCGCUCACUUCUUUCAUUUCUAUCAACACUAAUAUCUUCCUACACACAUACAUAUACUCAUCAGCGCAACAAGUCUCCCCGACACCAUCACGAUUCGCAAAACAUACUACAACCACUCUCUUUUCAAAUCUCAUCAUCAUGUCUACUCCUACCAAAUCCGGGAAUGGCUCCGGCGGAAAGCUCCAGCUGAACCAGCGCGAGAUCGAGGUCAUAGCCAUGGCAUUCAUGUGCAUCAGCGACAUCAAGGAGGGCGUGCCCCAGGUGGAUGCUAAAAAGCUCGCCAAGAUCGGCAACUACGCCAGCGCUGACUCUGCUCGCCACACUUGGAAACCCAUCCAGAAGAAGCUCAUGGCCCAUACCAGCGGUGAAGGCGACGGCUCUCCCCUCAUAGCCACUCCUUCUACCAAAGGCAGGGGUGCCUCCAGGAAGCGCAAGGCCGACGACGAGGCUGGUGAAGGUACUCCCACCAAGAAGCCCCGCGGCAGGAAGGCCUCUAAGGUCGUACCCAAGAAGGAGGAGAUCGAGGACUACUUUGACGAGGAACUGGCCGACGGCGAGGCUUAGGCGUGCUCUUAGCGCCGGAUUUAUUUGAUUCUAUUCUACAGGAGGACUUGCGUUUCAGCUGGCAUGAAGCAAAGGAAAUCCCGGAUUUACAGCUACACGGCGUUGACUAGAGGCAAUUUGCUGUGGUUAC